AUGGUUGAUCCAUUGAUCAGAAAUUGUUGGAUACUUCUGUUACUACUAAACGUUGCAAAACUAGUUUUGCUACAAGCAACCAUCACAAUAGCACCGUUUUCUCUAUCGAGAGCUGUUUUUCUACCACCUGAUCCAAGAGUAAACCCAUUCUUUGAUCACUCUAUUGAUGGGUUAGCUGAUGUCCAAAUUGGAAGAAGUCUUAAAGCAAAUAAUCAAACGGGUGCUGGAGACCUGUUUCGACAGGAAACAGAUCAACAGAUUAUUACUCAAACAGGUAUUGAUUAUCCUUGGCAACAAUUUGUUUCAGCAGGUCCUAUGGCAAUCAAUAUUCUUGGUCAGCUUAUCGUUAUCUCAUCAAAAACAGAUUUUUCAUUCAGAGAUAGUAAUCAGAAUUAUCAAUUCAAAUACAUGCGUCAUCCACAAUCGUUCCGUGCUACACUCAUUCAAAUUGCAAACGAUGGUUACGAGGCGUUUAGUGAAGCACAUAGUUCAAUGAAUCAAAUUCAAAUCUACAUGUCAUUAAUACCUGGUCAUGUCAAGACUUCCUUGAGAAUUCUUGUUUCUGCUUCACCACGUCUUCUAGAAAGACUGCUCGUACCAUCGCUCAAUAAUAUUGAUCGGAUUGGACGUGAAUGUUCAACAUUAGCAUCCAAUACUCACAAUCAAUUUGUUAAUGUUAUGCAAUUAUUGGGGGAAGUAAUCGAAGUUACAACACUGACACAAGGUAUUCAUGUACAGAAACUGAAAGACGUUGAAAUUGAAUUGAACAUAUCACGUGUCAUGGAAAAGCAACAACAACAAAUUAUUGAAACAGUUCAAAAACAUUACAAUGAAGCUCAAGCAAGUGUAAGAGAAUCACAAGCUGCUUAUACAAAAGCAUUGCAGGAUCUGCCCACAGGAUGGAAUAAAAUCUUACAAAAUUUUGUUCAAGCAAUUAUUGAUGUUGCUCGUGACGUUGUACCAGUGCUUAUUACAGGAGGUGCAUCAUUGGUGACUGGCCAACAAAUACAAGGACCACAGGGAUCUGGUGCUCAAGGAUCAGGCGGUACUAGAAGUAUUGGAGAAAAAAUUGCUUCAGGUCAAGCACUAUCCGCUGCUAAUAUGUUAUUUGAUCAACUGACCUCAAUGCAGAAAACAUUUGAAGAAUCAAAUACAACUGAUUUACGGGUUCUUGGAAAAGAUUUUGGUAAUUACCGCAUCGUUUUCAAUACAGCAAAAGAUCUUGUCAAAGGUGACGGCGAAUUGUCGCAAAAAGUUGGAGAACUUCUCAGAUCAGCGACUGAUCUUACAAAUUUGGAAGAUGUUGAAAAAAUUAAAAGUAAAUUAAAUGGCUUAAUUAGUGAAACAAAACCAUUGGUUGCUGCGAAUGCAAAGGGCUCAGAUCAAGCUCCUAAACUCGAUCUAUCACCAGAAACACCAUCACAGCCAUCUUCAAGUGGUGGCAAAUACGAUAAUGAGAAAUUCAAAAUUACAAUGACUCUAGACCGUUUAAAACAAGCUGAACAACGUUAUGAUCAAAUAUUUAGUCAAUUGCUUGAACAGCAAAAAGAGAUGAAAGCUUUAAUGGUCAAAAUUGCAGGCUUAAAUAUGGCAAAAAUUAGAUUUGAAGAGCUCAUAGAAUUGAUGCGUCAAGCUAUUCUGUUAUUAGGAAAUAUUCGCCAACAAUGGGGUCGUCUUGUUCAAUUCUUCUCUGAGAUAUCUAUCAGAACACGAAUUGCAACAAAUGAGACUUUAGUGCCGUUUGUUAAUCGUAUGAAAGAAGUGGCAUCGAUUCAAGAUAUUACACAAUCUGAACGAAUGCUCUAUGUUGAUCUAUUAAAAGAACAAGCUGUUGAUAUUCACCGGCAUACUUAUGUCCUCUAUGUCAUGUCACGCACCUAUGUUGACAUCUCAAAUGAAUUCAUGAUGGAUAAAUUAAGUGGUUUGGCAACUAUGUUGACAAUGCAAACAGAUUCUGAACGAGAACAAGCUUUAAGAAAAUUAGAUAAAGAUACAAAUACAGCACAAGCCAAAGUAGAAGCUUUAGCUAAUGAACGUAAAAGAACGUUUGAAGCAGCAUUGACGAAACGAAAAAAUGACUUACAGAAGUAUCUUGACAAUCUUGGUGGUGCAUCAAAAGAAGAUCUGGAUGCAAUCAAACAAGCAGAUGGCUUAUUAAAACUCACAUAA